AUGUAUGAAUCUUCAAAUCUUGAUUCCGACGUCUACUGCAUCUGCGUCCGUGGCUCUGCGGACGACUCCUGUGUUCUCUGCGAUCACUACGAGAAUCAGUGCGGUGGCUCUGUGCCUCUCCAGCUUCUCGGUGUGGCCCAGUGGUACUGGAACUUCGUGAAAGACCUGUCUGAUCGUGAUCCUGGCGAAGGUAUGGACCCGAUUGAGCUUCACCUCACUAAGCGUCAACUGUGGCGUCUGAAUGUCGCUCUUGAGUCUUGUGGUAAUGCCUGGCGUGAACUUGAAGGACAUCUCAAGGAUCCGAACAACUUCGCUAUCUUAGCCCUCCAAGAGUUGACUUCGGCUCGCGAAAUCGCGACUCUCUCCGCCCUCCGGUCUGCUGGUGCCAACAUCUCCCCUGACGAGUUCCGCGAUCGCAUCGCCGCUUCACAGCCGGCCUACACUCGCGACGACAACUGUGUUGUCACUCUACGAGAUGCUUUGGCUCGCCUGUCCGUCGCCGAGAACACCGUGGUGCCAUCCGUCCAGGAAAAAGAGUGUGAAUCUUUGCCUAAUGAUUUCCCAUUCGAGCUUCAAGACGCUAUGUUGAGCCAUAGUGACUCUCCGACCCCUCGUCUUAUGGCUGUCCACAAUGGCAUGCCUGGUUUCUUUGGUCAGUAUUAA